AUGAAGCUACUGGAUUCUCUGAAAUUCGGAGCUCCAUGGGCUCUUCUGGUUCUUUCUAUUGGUUGGAUAUGCUACCAGUAUGUUCAGAUUCAGGAGUUACAGGCCAGCCGUCAUAAACGAGAACUCAAUUCAAAUUGGCUUCCAAGAUCUGACGAUGAUUCCACGAUUUUCAUGCCGAUUUAUGCACAAGUUUCAAAAAAGCACAUUCGAAAAGUGUGCAUGGAGCAUUUUCACUCACUGAAACACUAUAGAGAACUGGAAAGAAAAGAACCGACACCAUCACCAAAACAAUCUUCGGCAGUGGUUAAAGAAUUGAAGAGAAAAUGUUCGGCCGAGGUAUCGUUUGGUCAACCCGUCCUAAUCGGUGAACGUAAGAACUCGGAUGGCUGCGCCUAUUUGGAUGGUGGUCACUGGCAUGUCUGCGAACUAUCUCACGGAUACACGAUGCUUUCAUUUAAAGGGAAUCGAAGACUGAAUAGCUCGGAAACGCGGGCGGUUCAAUUUUUACCGUAUCCGUUUGAUGGAACCGACAACAUGGUUUACAACAACACCAUGUAUUAUAGUGAAAACGAUAGGCUAAUCUCAUAUAAUUUGAAGUCGGAAAAGUCGAAUUCCAUUCAUUUGAGAACGUCUUUGGAACCGCUCUACGCCAACUCCACUUCCCGCCUCGACGUCCAAGCAGAGGAACACGGCAUCUGGGUGCUUUAUAGAAGACGUGACGAGAAUAUUCUCUCAGUCAGCCGCAUCAACGUACACAACAUGCAAAUUGUUUCCAAUUGGACGCUUCCAUCUAUUGAUACUUCAACGAUGUGUAAUGCGUUUGUGAGAUGCGCAAUUUUGUAUUCUGUGGAGUGUGAUGGAACAGUGACUCCAGUUUAUGACUUUUAUAGUCAUACCUAUAUCCAAGGAAGAAAAACGUUGUGGGAAGGAUUGGAACAACCGAUUGGAAAUGUGCAAUAUGAUCCGAACAGCAAGUCGAUUGCAAUUUAUGCCAACGCCCAUAUUUACAAAGUGGCAGUUUUGCAAUAA